AAGACGAUGAUUAGAGCCUUGAGCACGAGGAAGGACCGAGGCGGCUACAAGAAGCUGGGUGGUGAGAAAGAAGAAGAAGCAGCAGGGGUUAGGCUUUUAGAAGGGAAAGUGCAGAGCGUUCCAGCAGAGGUGAAGAAACCAGUGGAAAAAACUGGACGUUCAGUUCACCCGCUUUUGAGUUUCUUCGAUAUUGGAUCACAGAAGAAGAAGAAGAAGACAAAAAAGAAGACCACAACGACAGCGAAACCAGAGUUCUCUAGGUACCUGGAGUAUGUGAAAGAAGGAGGAGUUUGGGAUGCUACUUCAAAUGGUCCUGUCAUAUAUUACAAAUAGAUUCUAUGGAGAAAAGAGAGAUGUUGCUUUGUAGAUUUAGUUUCGGUUUGUGAUCAAAGUGGAAAGCUCGUCUCUAAGUUCACAAUGUUUGCUCUCUCUUUUCUUUGUGUGGAUCAAUCCAUGUCUAAUUUUUUUCAAGUUUAAUAAAGAUCAAUCAGUAAGCUUUACAAGCAA